ACCGAUGCUGAGCACCCCAACGGUGCUCCCGAUUUCCUCGCCUGCGGUAUCUCCCGCAAGGACCAGCACUCCCCUUGGACUCCCCCACACGUGACCAUGCAGGACAUCAAGAUCAUUUCCUCGGAACAAGCAGCAAACACGGCCGUCUUCAAGCCCUGCGCAAAGUACAAGGCUGCCUUUGACCGAGUCGCCCACCAAACCGGUGUGCCCGCCGUCCUUCUCAUGAGCUUUGCCCUGCAAGAGUCGGGUUGCCAAGCUUCGCAGAUUGGACCCAAUGGCGAGUUUGGUCUCAUGCAGAUCACUCCUGAGAAGUGCGGUGGAGCACCCGGCGGCGACUGUCGCAAUGUCGACUUUAACAUUGGCAGGGGAGCAAAGUACUUCAAGGACCAGCUGGACGGACCUGCCAAGGGAAACAUCCUGGCUGCUGCUGGCACGUACAAUGGCUGGAAGCCAGGAAGCAUGUCUUACCAGUCGGCAACGAACAAGCAGUAUGGCUGUGCUUCUCAGAACAAUCUCGACUACCUCAACUCCCUCUUCAAUGGCUUCUGCCAGGGCAAGGAUGGGUACUCUAAUGAAUUUGUCAAGUUCGGCAAUCUCAAGCAGUGCGGUAACUAG